GGGUACGUAGCAGUCUACGAUUUCUUAAAGAGCUAGGAAGUUAUCAGACAUAUCUGCUCUUCAGUACGAAGGGUUGAAAAUUAAUUUCAUUUUUCCCGCAAAACUGAGACUCCAAAACUCGAAAGACAGAAAUGUGUUGAUGUUGUAUGACCUGCAAAGUACAGAAGGAUGAGUUUGUACUGUUCCGAAGUUGCUGUCUUGCAUUCUGCAUUUGCACUUGUAGAAAAACAGAUUGGGAAAGAGAAAUUGAAAACGAUAUCUAAGGAAAAUUGUGAAAGUCCUGUUAAAAUAGUGUGUAAGGCAUUAGAAGAAAUAGUCCAUGGCUUUGAAGAAGAAAAUACAACAGAAGAACAGAUACAAUGGCAGGAGAAGUUACACGAUAUGCUGCUGUACAAAGUUUGUCAGUCAUAUGACACAAAUCAGCCAAUCAUUGAUGAGAAUUCAGUUUUAGACAAAACUGAUAUGGUAACACAGAUUUUUCCAUCUUUUGGAAUAGCAUUUUAUACUGAAAUCAUAAAGAGAUGUGGAUGGACUUCUAUGUUUUUAUCUAGAUUAGAAAGCUUACCUAUAGAAAUAGCAAGAGACAUCUUUAAGGACGUUCUUCGUGUUUCAUCGACUGCUAUGAAUGACAGUGAUAUAACUUUGAUGUUAGAAAUACUGGAUUUUGUUCUGUCAAGGUUAUUUACAAAGUCAUGUGAUGAGACAUUCUUAUCUCCAUUCUCUGAAGAGUCAACAGAAAGAAGUUUAAUAGUGUCUGCCAUUGUCACUACAUUAAAACAUUUUCAAGAUUAUGAUCUGGGAAAAUUUUAUGACAAUGUAUCAAAUGAAAAUGUGAUAUUUCACAUUUUAUGUAAGAAAACACUUCUUCAGAACUUUUUAUUACAGUUGUUUUUGUUAGGUGUAAUAUCCAUCCCCUCAGAGAAUUUCAAUUUGAACAACUUGAAAAGAUGGUUUUAUUUGAAUAUCAGAGGGAAAGAAAUCAAUUUUAAGGACAAUAAAUAUACACGGCCAUCUCUGAAGUUUUACAAAAACAGUAAUCUUGGAAAAUACAGCAAAGCAUCACAGAAAAUGGUUGUAUUGGAUCUUGAUUUGGAGUCCAUUCAAGUUUUACAGAAGACUUUUCCUUUGGAGAGGUGGACCUUAGUUGUCACAAGACUUCUUCAUUUAGAAAUAUGUAAAAGUGUAUUGGAUAUAUCACAGUCAGACUCUGUAUUAACCACAAUUCAAUUUUCAAAAUGUCCGCUCCAAAUAAGCAUGCCUGACAACACCUCUGAUAAAUCCAAAACUAAAUCAAAGAAAAUUAACUUGGAAUGUUCUUUAUCGAAUCUUGUUGCUAUUAGUUUUCGUGUAUUUUCUGAACACAAAUUUCUCACCCCUGAAGAUUUAACUACUUUGAGGAGAAGUGAAUCAGAUAUUAUUGACUUUGAUAUAGAGACUAUGAUAUGGAGAUUGGAAAAAAGACAACCAGGAUUUAAAGAUUGCAUAGAGGAGCUGUUGAAAAAUGAAUGCCCAGAGAACUGGAAAGAUAGCAGGCUCAUUAAAACAUUACAUAGAAACCUUGAUUUACUAUCAGUUGAUGGGACUAUGUACAAGAUGUAUGGCCUUGUAGUUGAACUUGAAUCUGCAGUCUCACAGGAAGAUGUGCUAGCUGUGACUGAGCUGGUUACAUCAGCUUUUGUCACACUGCCAAUAGAGGUCAGAGAUAGGCAUAUCCAUGAUGUAUAUCAGGAGUACCGAUUCUGGCCAAAAAAAGAUUCAGUUUCAUCAGGGGAGAUAACUGCUGCUUUCAACAAACUCACCAGUUGUGGAUCCAGUUCAAAAGUGGAUGAUGUGUACAAACUGAUGUUACAGAACUCAGAACUUGUCCUGCAGUACAUUGUAGAGAAAGCUAUUACCUCAAAAGAUCAAGUUUCUAUCCAUACUGAGAUUUUGAAAUCAGUGCCAAGUAUUUGUAAAACAUGUCACCAUAGCAACAGUCACAUGACCUUACUUGUCUACACACUUGGUGGUUAUCUACAGACAAAGACGCUGACUCUUAAAGAUCAGAAGAAUGUUUUGAAAUUUAUAGUGGAAACUUGCGAGCCAGAGGAGUACCUUAAUGAUUCUGGUUCCCUGCUUGAUCCAGUGCAGUUCCUGGAAACCAGUGUCUUGCCCUACAUAAAUGUGGAUAAUUUGUAUGCCAAUUCAUCACCAGUGACAGCAUGUUUUGCCUUAGAGAUGUUCAUUAAGGUGGUUGAAGCCAUUCCCAAAAUGAAUGAAUUGAAAGAAGAACCAGAAAAGAGUUCCAUUAGGACACUCUUCAAAGUAGAUAGAUUGAAAGAAGAACAAGAAAAGAAUUACACUAGAAAAAUCUUCAAGAAAGUUAAUUUUCCAGCUGUAUUUCUUUGUCUUUGUCAGCUAGCACAUGAAUGUAUAGAAUUGAGUGAUAGAAAUGAAUUGAUGGCUAGUCAGAAACUAAAAAUAAAGGAAAAUUUACAUACUUUCUGGUUUCAUCUGGACUACAGAAACUACAUUGCAGAAGAAUUUUUAAGCAUUCAAGGGGAAUGGUUGGAAAAAGAAAUGACCAGUUUAGAUUUUACUGUUCAGUUGCUGAUACUUGGAUACAUAGCACCAGAAAAAUUGAAAAAGGCAUGUGAUAAUAUCUGCAAUGACCUGACACAGUCUUCAGAUACUAAUAUUGUGGACAUAUUAAGAAUGAAUUCCAUCACUGAAACAACAAGAAAAGUGAUUUAUCUUUUGUUUGAUGAAGUUGACCUUCAGUUGGACCCUCACAGCAUUGUUUUGGCCUUAGUACAGGUACUUCCUUCUUUGGUUGAUGGAUUAUGGGAAUACUGUUUGUCUUUUGUUGGCAAUAUGUUAUCUUUGGAGAAUUUAGAGGUCACGUAUAAAGUUCAAGGUCAAGAGGUUUAUCCAGGAUAUCCAUCAGUACUAUUCGUUCCAAUGACACAGUCCCAGUUGCUUUAUGAAGUUACAACAAUGCUACAGUAUACAGAUGUACCACAGAAUAAAGUAGUCCUGAAUAAUUAUUUGAAGUCCUAUGUGAAAUUUUUUAAGGAAUACAUUCUUGAUAUAGAUGAUGAAGGAGAAGAUGAAGAAAAAGGAUUUUUGUUGUCAGAGGUUUUCUCUCAUGUUGUCAGAGGAAUAUGGUGGAUGGAUGAUUCUGAUUCAGAUCCUUGCAACGUUUUAUUACUAGACAUUGUCUGCAGCAUGGAACAUAUGUUCUUCGACUCGGAAGAGAAAAGAGUUCUCAUUCAAAAUAUAGCUGAUUGUGUUCAUUUCAUUAAAAAUAAAGACACCCGAUCAAUGGUUAAUAAAAAGUUGAAAGAUAUUUUGAAAAAUCUGUAUGAUUGAAAAUAAAAAUAAUUAAUAAUUUUACAGCAUUCCUGACGCAGCUGUACCUCUCAGGCUCUGGCCAAGGGAAGCCAGUCAAAAUGGUACGGAAUUGCUAGUAAAAUGUCGUCUAUUUUUGGGAAGAAAGUUAAAUGAACACAAAACCUAUACACAGGCUGACAACUAUUGUAUAAUUUGUUCCACUGUGUAAAAGGACAAACACAUCUUAGCAGAAUAAUUAAACAAACAUUUUAAUUUCUUUUUAUAGAUACAUACUUACAAUAAACUUUCACUUUCAGUUUCUAUUUAUAACAUAACUUACCAUAGUAACAUAGUGACGUUUGAGUUUUUAUAGAUUUUGUACUUCAGCAUGAUUUUAUGUAUUGUUUUUAUCCUUAUGACUGUGCCCUAGACACUGAAACAUGUCAAUUAAUAAAUCUUUGCAGUAGUCCAUAAA